AUGCUCGCCAAGUUCGCUGCCCUCGCGGCCCUUGUGGCCUCUGCCAACGCCCAGGCUGUUUGCUCUCUCACUGCCGAGACCCACCCUUCCCUUAACUGGUCCAAGUGCACUUCUUCCGGAUGCACCAACGUCGCCGGCUCCGUCACCAUUGAUGCCAACUGGCGCUGGACUCACACUCUCUCCGGCAGCACCAACUGCUACAACGGCAACAAGUGGGAUACCACCAUCUGCAGCACCAACACCGACUGCGCUACCAAGUGCUGCGUUGAUGGCGCUGAAUACUCUUCUACCUAUGGUAUUCAGACCAGCGGCAACUCGCUCAGCCUUCAGUUCGUCACCAAGGGCCAGUACUCGACCAACAUUGGUUCCCGUACUUACCUCAUGAACGGCAACGAUGCCUACCAGGGCUUCGAGCUCCUCGGCAACGAGUUCACCUUCGAUGUCGAUGUGUCCGGCACCGGCUGCGGUCUCAACGGCGCCCUCUACUUCGUCUCCAUGGAUCUUGAUGGUGGCAAGUCCAAGUACUCCACCAACAAGGCUGGUGCCAAGUACGGUACCGGUUACUGCGACGCUCAGUGCCCCCGUGAUCUCAAGUACAUCAACGGUGUUGGUAACGUUGAGGGCUGGUCUUCCUCCACCAACGACCCUAACGCUGGUAUUGGUAACCACGGUACUUGCUGCUCUGAGAUGGAUAUCUGGGAGGCCAACAAGGUCUCGACCGCCUUCACUCCCCACCCCUGCACCACCAUCGACCAGCACAUGUGCGAGGGUAACUCCUGCGGCGGUACCUACUCCACCGACCGCUAUGGCGGUACCUGCGAUGCCGAUGGUUGCGACUUCAACUCUUACCGCAUGGGCAACACCACCUUCUACGGUGAGGGCAAGACCGUCGACACCCGCUCCAAGUUCACCGUCGUCACCCAGUUCAUCAAGAAUUCCGCUGGCGAUCUCGGCGAGAUCAAGCGUUUCUACGUCCAGAACGGCAAGGUCAUUGAGAACUCCCAGUCCAACAUUGCUGGUGUCUCUGGCAACUCCAUCACCCAGUCUUUCUGCGAUGCUCAGAAGACUGCUUUCGGCGAUGUCGGUGACUUCAACGUCAAGGGUGGCCUGAAGCAGAUGGGCAAGGCCCUCGCCAAGCCCAUGGUCCUUGUCAUGUCCAUCUGGGACGACCAUGCCGCCAACAUGCUCUGGCUCGACUCCACCUACCCCGUCGAGGGUGGCAGCCCCGGUGCUUACCGUGGUGAGUGCCCUACCACCUCUGGUGUCCCCGCCGAGGUUGAGGCCAACGCCCCCAACUCCAAGGUCAUCUUCUCCAACAUCAAGUUCGGCCCCAUCGGCUCUACCUUCUCCGGUGGCUCUUCCGGCGGCACCCCCUCCAACCCUUCCAGCUCCGUCAAGCCCGUCACCUCCACUGCUAAGCCUACCACCACCUCUACUGCCUCCAACCCCAGCGGUACCGGUGCUGCUCACUGGGCCCAGUGCGGUGGUAUCGGCUUCAACGGCCCCACCACUUGCCAGAGCCCUUACACUUGCCAGAAGAUCAACGACUACUACUCCCAGUGCUUGUAA